UGCUAGACUUUUUCAUAUUUCUCCAGGAUGAAUCUCGUAAUUGAUAUGGCCCUGUCUGUGUACAAUGAAAGGGAUAAAAGAACAGACGCCGUACCGAGCAACAGAAGUGGCCCCAGUCACCGACAUUUGAAGAUCCUAUUCGGGGCAGGAGUAGUAGUAGGAAACGCAGAGGAAAACAAAGACGAAUCUGAAGAGAAGGCUGGAGAGGAUGAGGAGAAUGAGAAGGAAGGAGAUGAAGAUGAUGAGGAAGAUGCAAACCAUGAACCUAAUGAUGGUAAAACAAAUGAGAAGUUCAGCUGUGGAAGCCUGGAAGUAUACAAACAAAAUAAACAAAAUGAGAGAAUAGAGAAAAACUUGAAUCAUAAAACAGAAGAAAUAAAAUAUAAAUGUAAUCAUUGCGAAAAAUCGUAUAAGCGUAAAGGGAAUUUGAGUCUGCAUCUGAAGGUCCAUACUAGAGCGCAGUCUUAUCAAUGUAAACAUUGUGAUUCGACCUUUAAUAAAAUUACUUUGUUGACAAAACAUCUGAGGAUACACACCAGAGAGAUGUUUUACGAAUGUGUGUAUUGCAAGAAGAAAUACAAGUACCAUGGUAAUUUGGAAAAGCAUUUGAAGAUCCAUGUAGGAGAGAAAAAUUAUGAAUGUGUUUAUUGUGGAAAAAAGUACAAGUUACCUGAUAAUCUAAAAAGGCAUUUGAGGAUUCACGUAAGAGAGAAAAAAUAUGCAUGCGUUUACUGUGGAAAAAAGUACACGUUACCUGGUAAUUUGAAAAGGCAUUCGAGAAUACAUAAAGGAGAGACGCCGCAUGAUUAUGAACAUUGUGAAAAUGCGUUUAAAAUGAGUACAAGUUUGAAGAAAAAUUUGGAGUUGACGCGUUACGAAUGUGAAUACUGCGGGAAGAAAUUCAAGUACAGUGGCACUUUGAAAUGGCAUUCGAGUGUGCAUACAGACAAAAAACCUUAUGAUUGUGAACAUUGUGGAAAGAAGUGCGAACACAAUGAUCAUCUGAAAGAGCAUUUGAAAGUGCAUGCAAUGGAGAGAAAAGCUGAACUUAAAAUAUAUAAAUUAAAUUUAUAAUCAAA